AUCAGGUCCCUGUUGGACAGGGACAUCUCGGUGUCCUCUGAGUCUGUCCGUCUCCUGGCUGAUCAGUCUCUGAUUCAUCUGAACUGGUUCAGCAGUCAAACCAGGAGGCUGCUGCUGGUGGAAGAUCUGGUGGAUUCUCUGAAGCUGGCCGGUGUCAUGUGGAUGAUGACGUACGUGGGAGCGAUCUUUAACGGAGUCACUAUCCUGAUCCUUGCUGACAUCAUCUUCUUCACCACGCCCCUCAUCUACCAGAAGAAAAAGGUAAACACAGAACCCUGUGGCGUUCUUUAUGAACUCUCUUGGUGUUCUUCUUGAAUUCUCUUGUUGUUCUCUAUGAACUCUUGAUGUUCUUUAUGAACUCUUACAGUUCUUUUCAAAAUCUUUUGAUGUUCUUGAUGAACUCUCGAUGUUCUUCUUAAACUCUCUCGAUGUUCUUGAUGAACUCCCUCGAUGUUCUUGAUGAACUCUCUCGAUGUUCUUGAUGAACUCUCUUGAUGUUCUUUAUGAAC